AUUUGCCUAAACAUAUAUAUUUUUAAACCAUUGAAAUCAUACAAUUUAUUUACAAACUAUUUAAGAUUUUAUUUUCCUAGAAGAUAAAUAACACGUCCCAAAAAAGGAAAAACAAAACUUGCAGAAGCCAAAACAGAUGCGUAUCUCCGCCUAUGAUUCUGCUCAGCUGAUUGUAUUCCAAGAUGGUCGCGCUAUCAUCUUCUAUAAGUAUUUUAUUUAAUAUAAUUAACACUGCAAUUAGUGAUGAAUACUAUCACUAUGAAGCUAGAAAACAAACAUUCUAUAUUGCCAUCCUCUAAAAUUAAAGGAAAGGAUUCAGUGGUUGGAAAAAAGUCUAAAAACCUUAGGAAAAAAUCUAUCGCUGCUAACACUGACAAAGACGCCUCGUUAAUUGAUCAUGGCCUGGGACGUAAAUCCAGCGAAAUAAAUUAUGACUUUAAUGAUUCAAAAUCAUCUAAUCCUAUGGAACAGAGUUCCUCUAAAAAAUCACGAUGUAAAAAAAAUUGCACUAAGAGUAAUGACAAAACAAUAACAACAUCUAAGACAAUGCAUGAACGUUUGCAGCAAAUUUUAAGCCCAUCUUCAAAAGACAAAAUUUCUAGUAUUUUGAAUGAAGUCAAAUCUUUAUCCGAUGUGGAAAAGUUAUUUUUAUAUUUGCAAUUACCCACUGGAUCACCCUUUGAAGUUGACCCUUUUAAAAUCAGAAACCAAAAUCCUCUUGGGAAGAAAGCAGAUGAUGAGGGCAUGAUUGCUGUAACCUGGAUUCAAAGCCAUCUUGAAGAAGAUCCUGAAGUUUCUCUACCCAAGCAAGAAGUGUAUGAUGAAUAUCAAUCUUAUUGCCAUAUGACUGGCACGGAUGCUCUUUGUGCAGCUGAUUUUGGUAAAGUUAUGAAGCAGAUAUUUCCAUCUGUUAAACCAAGGAGACUUGGUACUAGAGGAAAUUCCAGAUACUGUUACAGUGGUUUAAGGAAGAAAUUAAAUUUGAAGCCCCCUUCUUUGCCAGAUAUAAAUACUGAUCCUGAAAGCUGUGAUGCACCGGCAGAGAACAUUAAAGAUGAAGUUACUUCAGCUUCUUGUCAUAUACUCUUUGAAUGGGCUGAAAAACUUCUUGGAUUUAAGUUCACUUCUUUGAAGGAAUUGGCUUCACAUCUCUUAGAAAAUAUGUAUGUUGAUAACCGGUCAGUGGCUGCUUUCACCGUUCUUUUGGAAGGAUCUCCUCAACUUUUAGAGAAAGGGUUUUCUAACUGUGAAGGAGGAAUAAAGAAAAGUGAAGCUCAAGUUCAUUUGCAGCGAAAAAUACAAGAAAAAGAAUUGAUUAAGGAGCAAAAGAAGAAACUUCAAGAGCAACGCUCAAAUUUUACUUCUGCGAGUAAAGGUAAAGUGUCUGUACCUAAAAAAAAGAAUGCAAAAUCAAGAAAAUCCAAAGUUCUUUCUGAAAAAUCCGACAUAAGUUCUGAAAAAGAGAUUGACUUAAUAUUAUCUCAAAGUAUAAAAGAAAAUUCUCUUACAAGUUCUUCAGAAUCAUCAUCCAUGCAAGUGGAUAAAAAUUUAAUAGAGAAGGUUAUUAAAGAAGAGGAUAUGGAUCUUGAAUUAAUUGUUGACAUGGAACAAGUAGUAAAUGAUACACCCACCAGUUCAAACAGUAAUACACAAUCUUCUCCCAGUAAGCCUAGUGAACCAUGCUCUGAAAAUGUUUUAAAACUUGAAGAUACAUCAACUAAAAAUACUAAAAUAAUAAUUCCAAGAAGUAAGACUCCUGUCUGCAUAUCACAAAGCCUUCCUGGCAUAAUUAUUGUGCCCUCUCUGCCACAAAUUGCUGAGAUCGGCAAACAAGUUUCUCCUAAGUACAAAAAAAUACAGCCAAAGCCAUUGAAAGGGGAUGCCUUGUCUGCCAUGGCUAGAUCCAGAGCUGGUUCUUUAGGCUCAACUUCUAUUAAUAAGCCUAAAUCUAAAACCAAUGAUGGUCGGCAUAGCUCACAUGCAUGGCUUCAAUCCUCUUCGAGUCCAGAAGGUAAUGACUUUUUUGUUAAAAGCAACACUUCAAACACUAGAACUGUUUUGCUAUCCUCCACUCAGAAAACAUUAAAGAAAAAUUGUUUUAUAGUACCGAAAGAAAAGACCUCUGACAAACUUAAAGAAGAUUUACGUUUUUCAUUAGAAAACCAGAGUUCUAGUGCUUUCAAGGAUGUUAAACUUCAAGCAAAUUCUGAUCCAAACCAAGUGUCGAUUGAAAGUUCAGGUGGUUCCAUCUUAAAAUCUAAUCCCUUAAGGAAAUCAAGUCUUCCCUCUAAAGAAAGUAACGCUCUCAAAAGACCUUUAGAUGAAAGUAGAAGUAAUCUUAAAUCAAAGAAGCUGUUAUUGGAUGCAAAUGCGAUGGAAUCUUCUUAUCAAGACUUGCCAUCGUCAGUUAAAGUUCAAAAUGUUCCUAGUCGAAGAUUGUCUGUUCAGCAAAAUGCUGCAGCUGAAGAAGUGAGCAUACAUGAGAUAGAAGGUGAUGCCUUAAACGAUUACUACAGAGGAAAUAAUUGCCAAACAUUGCUCCCUUCAUCUAUGUUAGUAGUUGAAGACAAAGACUCGAAAAAGGAAAAACAGGAUUUUAACAAAAAUAUAUCUCAAUUGCGUAUGUUACUUGAGCAAAAAAUAUCGUGUAGUCAAUCAAAUCCUUUAUUAUUGAAUUCUUUGAAAGAUAUUUCCAAAAGUGAUCUUUCUCUUCAUUUAAAUCAAAAAGAAACUUUGUUUUAUUCAAGUGAUGUUAAUUUAGGAGAGGGAAAAUUAACAACAGAACAGGAACAAUCUGAUAAAGUUAAUUUAAAUUUGUGUUCCCUUUCCUUUGAAGAGGAGAAACAAAUCAAAAAUAUAUCCCAACUUGAAACUAUUGAGAAAUUUCUAGAUUCCCAUUUGGCGUCACAAGACCAGGUGAAUGAGCCAAAUGCAUACAUUUCUGAUGCCAACAUUUAUUUGACAAAUCCUAAAACCAAUUUCCAACAAAUUGAUAUGGACUUGCCAGACUUUCAACAAAAUCUAAUAAAUUCAAACAGUGAUUUGUUGACUUCAGACUUGAUGGAUAAUCUAGAAUAUGGUACACCUCAGAUAAACAAUACUGCUCUUCCUGUCCGUGUUAACACUUACACUCAAGUACCCUCUGUUCCCCAAAGUCCCAAUACUAGAAGACGGGCUUUCAAUUUUAUGCCUAUAUCUCCCAGCCAUACCCCAAUACCUGAUAUGAGUGGAAGUGUGUCAUCGCCAAUACCUAAUCAGUUUCCAAGAAAUAUGAUGUCGAUUGGUGUUGGUCCUUCUCAACCACCUAGUAAUGCUGGUAGUCCUUUUGUUUCACCUAGAUCGACACCAGUAUCCACCUGUAGGUCUAGGCACAGCUCUGGACAAAGUACCUCUCGACACACCCCUUUCCAAAACUUUGAUUCUGGUGUUUCUUCAGUUUCUUCUUCGCCUUUUAUUUCGCCACAGCCAACACCUGUAAGUCGUUUGAGACAUAAUUCUAGCCAUAGUUCUAACAAAACUGUUACAUUUUGUUCAGUAAAUAGCCCACAUAUAAUAAACUCAUUAUCAACUUCUAGCCGUUCUAGGCAUAAUUCUGGCCCUGGUGUUCAACAUUUAUCAGGAAACUUAAAUGCUAGGACUAAUCCCUUGUCACCUUUAGUUGCUGAACCUCAGCCUAGUUUUAUAUUCCCGCCAGGGAAUGAAUUGAGAUAUCGACAUAACUCAGACUCGAAUACCACUUCCUUAUCUCCAGUUUCCGAACAGACUUCAUCUUCGAGUAGUUGCACAAGCAAUCUCCCAGAUCUUACCAGUGUUAAUGAUUUGGCUCUGUCUCAAUCAUUUUUAAAUGAUAGCGCCGCUGACUUACUUAUCAGCGGCAACUCUUCCAACUUUAAGCAAGUUCGUCAGAGACACGCCUCCAGUUCUGUCAUAUAUAGCAAAUCGUAUGUGGCUGCUAAAGAUCCUUUCUCCCCAGAAAUUCAAAACUUAUUAAAAAAUGAACAAAUUAGCGGAGCCACUAACAAUCAGCUUAGCAAUCGGAGCCAAUCUGUACCGUUACAUCAAAUGCUCCAAAAUUUGAACAAUUUUUAUUUCCUGAAUGCUCCAAUCGAUGAAGUUUCUACUAAAUCCCAUCCUACGACGCCUGUUCUGAAUCAGGCAUUCUCGUUUCCUCUCUUGAAUUCGAAUCAAGAGAACGCUUUACUAUCUGCUGAACUCCUGAAUAGUGACAAGUCAUUCUCCCAGAACUGGUCUGGUUUGGAAAAUACUGGAGAUUUGGAAGUGAGUAAUGCUCGACGCAACCUAGCCGGUUUGCUCGACCCACCACUUAGUGAUGAUUUACAGACAACACUGGAAGAUCUGAGAGAUUGUGAUAACGACUUUUCGAAAUUUGCGCAAGAGCUGGAGCUGAAUCCAAACGAGGAUGGCAAUCUGUAAUGCACUUUCGAGUUUAAUAAUAAUAAUAAUAAUGGCCUUUAUGUAAAAUUAGAUUUAUUUUCAUGUAUAUGCUUGUAGAUUUAUACAUUUGUUUUUCCUAUUGUUGAAUGUUAUUCCUUUGUACAGUUAAAUGCUCUAAUUUUGUAUUUUAGUGAUGGGGCAAACUAAGUACUUCGUUUAGCCCAUAUCCAUGAAUAUAUUUUUAAAAUUGAAAUUAUUUACUCUCUAAUUAAAUGAGGAUGAUUUCAAAUUUCGUUAAUAUUCUAGUAGGUUUAUGUUGUAUGCAUUUGAGGUAUUCAGUAUUAAAACCUGCGUAAUCUAUACUAAAGAGAGUUCGGAGAAAAUUAAUUUUGAACUUUAACCCAUAAAUUCAAGGAGUUAAUAAUGUUUU